UGAAACUUAUAUAAGGCAAACAUAGCCCUCUUAGUCUGAUAUAAAGCGAUAGCGACAGAGAGAUAGGACCUACAGGAAAGCGAGCUAGUUGCUGGUUGUUAAGGAUCCUGAGUAUUCAGCAGGUCAUUUGCUCCUGUCGUACCGAAUUCUGAGUAGUACUCGUACAACUGGAAUAUCGAAGAAUAAUGUGAAACACACGAAGAGUCUUUGAAUUAAGCAAACCAUGUUUGAAAGUAGAUACCAUUAACUUUUAACUGAUAUCCUGGUAAAGUCUUUACUUUUCACAGAAGCCAAAUAACUUAAUUGGAUAUCGAGCCUACCCAAAGCAGUAGAGGAAUAGCAAAGUGGGAUCAAGAACAUUUCUAGAACGUUGAAACAGAAUAUUCCAACAAUCAUUUGAAUGAAGUGUAGCAGGAAACUGAAAUAAGAAGUAUCGAUAAUGGUGAACAGCACCGGGAACUCGACAAAUGGCAAUGAAUGCAUUCCCUAUCGCAAUAGCCCCUCAGAAGUUGAAGAGCCAAAAGCAUCCGAGAAUUUUCGAACUGUGUUUAUGGCCUUUAUAAUGUUCUUUUCAAUAGYGGGCAAUGCCUUGGUAUUAAGAGGAGCCAUUACUCGAAGGAACAAGCCAUUUGUUUACUAUCUGGUGAUAAAUCUAUCUAUAGCAGAAAUCAUUAUUGGCGUUCUGCGGCCAUUUGACAUGGUCGUCGAAAGAACACCUUUUAAAUGGGUGUUUGGUGGUUUAUUAUGCCAGCUCGUCAAGCCUUUGUCAWUAUGUGCUACAAUGGUUGUCACGUUUACUCUAGCAGCCAUCGCAGUGUUCCGAGCCAUAAUGAUGCUUCAACCAAAGAGGAAUCGCCCUUCUAAACGAUUUGCUUUCAAAAUUAUGGCCUUUUCCUGGAUUUGGGGAGCUUCCUUAGUCACGCCCWURKGGCUGAACCRAAAACUGAYUUUACAUCCGGAUCCGUGUGCUCCGGUUGUCCUUAAAAUAUGUGKCACUGUUGAGGAUAUGCCCGUUUACGAUGUUGUGUACUAUAUUGCAUUUUUUUUCGCGCCUUUUGCUUUAAUGUUGGCGUCUUAUAGCAUAGUGAUAUACAGGAUAAAACAGCACAUUCGUUCUGAGGAAACCAGUAGUCCAGCUGAAUCCAUUGAAUUAGCCAGUGUCACUUGCACGAGAGCAAGCUCAUUGGAAAGCGAAACCAGACCUGCACAGUCCCUUGCGACAAAGCCGCCUCAAACCUCUUCAUACAACCAAACCUCGCAACUCAAAAACUUCAAGCAAAGGCCUACAAUGCCCAAUAACAGAGAUAACCAAAAAAGCAAAAUGUUAAAGUUUGAAAAAGAUGUCCUGAACAUACUUUACAUCCUCAUUCUUGUUUUCUUUAUCUGUYAUCUUCCGUGGACAGUCAUGUACAUUUUGUUGGAAAUAGCGAGGGUACCAAGUGCUAUAGUUUGGCCCUAUUCAAAAAUAUUCGAUUGGUAUAUGACCUUGCUCYAUAGCCUACCUAGUGCCCUUCACCCCAUUUGUUAUGGAGCCGCGAGUAAAGUCAUAAAUAUAAACUUCAGAUUCCCAUGCAAAAAGGUCAUGUGAGAAUUGACAUACGACUGAAUGACGUGCGAGGUGUGAUAUGUAUGUAAUGGGAAAUACAUCAUCAUGGACAACAACAACAAAAAGAAGACAAAUGACAGAAAAAAAAAAAAAAAAA